GUAUCGCCAGGAGAUCAGUCAGGUGAGUGAAGAUACUGUGGAUUUGUUUCUUUUGAUCUCGUCCUGCUUUGCCCUUCUCGAGGAGUCGCUGGCACACGGCAGCUAGCGACCUCAAAACUGGAAGUCCAGCAGAGGGAAACAAGGAUUUGACACCUGCCUCCUGGAGUUGACCACGGCCCGUCUCGACACGCAAACCCUCACGCUUGGAUGCUCGACUGGCCUACACGACAGCCUCUGCUCUUUCCAAAUAUGAGCGCUGCCUGUCUUCUCAAGGUGGCACCUGCCAUCCACUAUAUCUAGCGUAUGGCUAGACAUCAUCUUCACCUCCAUCACUGGUAUCAAGAAAGCAACUUCGACAUCACUCUACUCGGCCAAAGAGAGACAUCUAUGCCAAUGAGGAGCAGGGAGGAGCAAUCGUUUGUGAGAUGGAGAUCUCACUUCGACCGAGGUGGAGGCGGCUGCCCCAUGAGCCAACUCGUCGGAUGUCUAGAAAUGACUCUCGGCAUAUUUGAACAAUGCACCGAACCGCUCGCCGACAAUAGCAGCGACACCGAGUCUGAGACUAUGACGAAGAAACCGAAAUACCCCAGGCGCUCUAGAGCAAAGGCGGCGGUCGCUGCGCGUGUUCAGCGCCAGAGCAUGGAGCUAUUUCAAUCCGCCUUCGACCAAGUUCGUGGCAUCGUGGUCAACUCCGGCUUCAAGUCCAUCCUUGAUCUCCCGUAUGGAGAAGAGAAGAAGGAGAGGGUCACGCGUCCAGCGCCAAACAAGCCUGCUUUUGUUUUGCCUCAGCGUUUGAAUAACCAGGGGCCGUAUGGCUGGUCAGACCGUCUUACUAAUGUUGCGCGCAAGAUGAUGUACGUCUCUGGCGAGACCGCCGAACCGUCGAUUGAGACGACUAGCAUGAUUGAGGACAUUGUGCGCCAGCAAGUUAUUGAGCUGCUUCGAAACUGCACUGAGCUUGCAGCUCGCCGCGGCGCCCGAGCCAUCACGAUUAAUGACCUGAUCUUCCAAAUUCGCCACGAUCAAGCUAAAGUUUCUCGUCUGCGUACGUUCCUGUCAUGGAAAGAUGUCCGGAAGAACGUUAAGGAUUCCGACGAUAAGGGAGGUGAAGCGGACCUGGGAGCCGGUGAAGAUCCCAGCGGUGGUGUGGUCCCUGGUGGCCCGGUUGACGACGCGACCAAGAAGAACAAAAAGGCCAAGGUCGGCCUGCCCUGGGAACCGUCCUCGUUCUACAGCCAGGAAGUCCCUGAGCGUGACGACGAGGAGGAUGAAGAAGAGGAAGAGAUGAACUUCAUUACCCUUCAACGUCUUCGCAAGGCCGACGAGCGCACAAAAGCCAUGACGAAGGAGGAGUAUGUGACAUGGUCCGAAUACCGUCAAGCUUCGUUCACGUACCGCAAGGGCAAAAGAUUUAGAGAAUGGGCUGGAUUUGGUAUUGUCACAGACAGCAAACCUUCUGACGAUAUCGUUGAUAUCUUGGGUUUCUUGACCUUCGAGAUGGUUCAGACCCUGACUGAGCACGCGCUCAAGGUCAAGGAGCAAGAGGAUCUAUUCAAGGCACAGAGUGGCGGUGAAAAUGCGGGAUCAAAGAAGCGCAAGGUGGCCACCGGCCUGUUCGACCCGCCGAGCGAGGGAAGAAGUCCCAUUGAGCCUCGUCACGUUCAGGAAGCCUUCAGGCGCCUUCAGCAGCGACCCAAGAAAACCCGAGCCAUGCUCAACGGAACCAGGCUUCCACAGCAUACCGCGCUCAAUAUUACGAAGCUCAAGGUCCAGCUCAAGCUGGCCAUCGCACGGCUGCGCAUGGUCCAGCAGCGCGAUGACUCCAUGGGCAAGACACAAAGACGCGCGAUGGCGCAGCUCCUCGAGGUGGGCAAAAUCGACUCUGCGCGCAUUCGCGUCGAGAACAUCAUCCGAUCCGACAUCACGACCGAGCUACACGAGAUACUAGAGCUGUACUGCGAGCUACUGAUCGCCCGCGCGGGGCUCCUUGAGGGUUCAGUCUGUGAUCCGGGGCUGGAGGAGGCGGUCAAGAGCAUCAUCUACGCCGCGCCGAAGACGGAGAUCAAGGAGCUGCAGGUGGUGCGAACGCUAUUGGCGGAGAAGUACGGCAAGGAGUUUGUUCUCGCGGCGAUGGAUAACUCAGAUGGCAAGGUGUCGGAUAAGGUCGUCAAGAAGCUGAGCGUCACGCCGCCGCGGGAAGAGCUCGUACAAGGGUACUUGGAGGAAAUUGCCAAGGCGUACAACGUGGACUGGCCGAAGCGACCUCUGGCAGACGAGCCGCCGGACCUGCUGGACGAUGACGACGACGAUAGCCCAAGUGGUGGGAUUGGUGUGAGGAUACCAGAGGGUCCAUUGGGAAAUAGCUCCAAAGUGGCCAAGGAACAGGAGGAGCUGAGCAAGGCGACACCGCCGAGGACGAUUGGAGGUCCCAGUAGCCCUUUGACUGUCACACCGCCGAGGAUGACAACAGAUAACGUCCAUCCCAAAGUUACGCUCAACUCACUGGAGCUGAAGCCUAACAAAAAGAUGGACGCAGCGGCACAGAAGAAGCCAGCUGGAAAGGGGCCAGGAGGCAACGUACCCGACAUUACGGAGCUGGAGAGGAGAUUUCAAGCUUUGAAGCGAUGA